AUGGCCUGGUCCAACACCCUCAGUGGCCGUAUGGAGGAGCUACGCUUCCCGAGCUUGCGUUCUCCUGACCCAGAGGGUCCGCUCAGUCCAAACGCCUCUACCGCGCGAGACCAGAAUCCCUUCUUCGCGAACAUCCAUUCCUCGUCCAACGAUGCCCGCGCGAGCCUCCAACGCCGCUUCACAACCGACUCGAGCAAGAUGCCAGUGGCCCGGCCAUUUGGACAGCAAUACACUGCAAUAACUCCGAGUGUGGCGAAGAACAAGCAGAUCUACGAAGACAUACAGAGUGCCAAACGGAAGGCUGAGGAGCAGUUGCGUCUUCUGGAACUACAAGAACGAAGUCUGCAGAUGGGAGCCAGCACCCACGACCUUGAUCGAAUCUCAACCCGCCUGAAUAGAAUCAGCCUCAACGGCCCUGUGAGCGAACCAACUACUCCUCCUGAGUAUGCAGAGAGUGCAUUCAGCAAUCGGUUCUCCCGUUCCAGCCGUCUGUCCAUGAACAGCCUCAUGUCCCCUCCAGGCCUCGGCAAGCGCUUCUCUCAAUCCAGCUCUCAGGUCACCUCGCCUCCGGGCAGUCGUCUUUCGGGCAACGGUCUGUACAGUCAACCAGAGAAGCCUUCUGCCAAGUCAGUCCCUGGAUCUCGUCGCGGAUCUGACGAGGACGAGUACUAUCCAGAGGAUAUACCCACCACACGGGCUGCAGCAACGCUUAACCGCUUUUCCAUGCCUGUCAAUCCCACUCGCCACCCCCAUCGUCUCAGCAUGAGCGGAGCUGCACCCGCCAACUCAUUUGGCCUGGCCAACACCACCAGCUUUCUCUUUGAUGAAGACGACGACAAGCACUUGUCACUCCCAGUCGAUCUGAAGUCUCCAGUUGCAAAGGCAUUUGCCCAGCUUGAAGGUGACGACACGUUCCCCACUUUGACGAGUGACGGCCUCAAGCUCUCAGCCAACUCGGCAGCUCUUGACCUUGCCAAUUCCAAGACUCCAGACCUCGACUGGACUCUUGGAUCGCGCUACCGACCAGCACAUCAGAGCAUGCCGCAUACGGAUUCCUCCAUGUACCGCCCGGUUCUCAGCAACCUCAACAUCAAUAGUCCUGUGGUUGACCGCCCAGCCGAUCUGUCGCGCCGCAAGUCUCAACGCCAUUCUAUGGGAGUGACCUUCGAGGAAAACUCACCUCUGCCGUCCUCGCUAUCUACAUCUCGUCCCACUUCUCUCCAGACAUCGUACUCCACCAACGACGUUCCCACUGUCAGAAAGUCUCUCACUCUCGACUCUACCCCCACACCGUCCAAAAUGCAGGCUGAUCAGCAAUUCCAUAACCACAACAUCAGUCUCGGCCGCGUUCCUGCCAAUGCACUGAACAAUCGUCAGAGUCGCGAGUUGACCAACGGAUCUGCCAAGGUCGAGGACAAGGCCAACGGGGCUGCGACCUCUCUGUCGAGCCUGCAUGCGAGCGCUGCGCCAUUCAGCACAGUUGUCAACGCAUCUGAUGCGAGCAUGACCAACCUAUCUGGUCCAACCACGGCCUAUCCACCGCCUCAGUCUUACCCUUACAACAUGCAGACCUUCAAUGUCAGUCAGAUGAACCCACAACCUGGCAUGGGCGGUGCUGCUCCAGGCUACGGCCAAGGUCAAGUGAUUCUCGGGAUCGGCAAUGGUAUCAACCCCCCAGCUUCGCGUGCGGUCGCCGGGCGUCGCAACCAAGCCGACGAAGCUCGCUUCAACAAUGUGCCACUCGAGACUUACCGCGGCGCACUGUAUGAGCUUUGCAAGGAUCAACACGGCUGCCGGUAUCUCCAGCGCAAGCUCGAAGACGGCAACGAGGAAAACAUUCAAGCCAUCUUCGUCGAGACUUGCCCUCACAUCAUUGAGUUGAUGACCGAUCCCUUCGGCAACUAUCUCUGCCAGAAGCUAUUUGAGUAUUGCAAUGAGGAACAACGCACCACUCUGAUCAACACCGCAGCUCCUGCUUUGACCACCAUUGCUUUGAACCAACAUGGUACCCGUGCACUUCAGAAGAUGAUCGAGUUUGUCCGCACUCCGGAACAAGUUGACACCAUCAUACAAGCCUUGUCUGGCCGGGUGGUCGACCUCGUCCAAGAUCUCAACGGCAACCAUGUUGUGCAGAAGUGCCUCACUCGUCUUGGGGCUGAGCGCUCGCAGUUCAUCUAUGAUGCGGUUGGCAAGUACUGUGUGGUGGUCGGCACCCAUCGACAUGGAUGUUGUGUUCUUCAACGUUGCAUCGACCAUGCUCAAGGCUUUCAACGUGCUCAACUCAUUGCCCGAAUCACCCAUUGUGCCUUCGACCUGGUUCAGGACCCAUUCGGCAACUACGUUGUUCAGUACAUUCUCGACUUGGACGAAAUUGCGUUCACCAAGCCACUGUGCGAGAGCUUCUUGGGCAGGAUCCCAGCAUUGUCCAAGCAGAAGUUCAGCUCCAACGUCAUUGAGAAAUGCUUGCGCACCGCGGAUACCGACACCAAGCGACGCAUGAUUGAGGAGAUGUUCAUUGGCACCGAGCUUGAAAAGAUGCUUCGUGACGCAUUUGCCAACUAUGUUGUGCAAACCGCCAUGGACUUCGCCGAUCCGCACACCAAGAUGCGACUGGUCGAUGCCAUUCGUCCUAUCCUUCCACUGAUCAAACAAACCCCCCACGGACGGCGCAUUGCAGGCAAGAUUCUCGGGAACGAACCUCAAGGCCGGGGAGCGCCACUUGCCAAUGACAACCUGCUCGCCAGUUUCAGUGGUGGUCGCGCAAACAGUCGCCGCAAUGUGCAGAUUGUCGGUGGUGGCUUCAACACCAUGCGCCCUCCUAAUGGAUACGGACCGGGUGACAUGGGCAACGAGAACAUACCUUCCAAUGGUAAUACCUACGGCAUGAUGCACCAUCCCACCGGUGCUGGCGCCCACGAUUCCAACGCCAACAUGUACAAUGCACGCCCCUUUGCAAAUGACAUCGGACAGAACGGCUAUCCUGGGUUCAUCAACGGGGCAGUUGGCGGAUCCAACAAUGUCCUCUGA